AUGGCGCCAACACCAGACAUCAAGAAACCUUGGAUUGAGACUCCGAUCAUUGAGUCGGCCACUCUAUCCAAGAUUGCAGGAUGUCGGAUCUUCCUCAAACUUGACCUCCUGCAACCAUCUGGCUCUUUCAAGUCUCGCGGAGUCGGCAAUUUCAUUCGCGCAAGCCUGGAAGAACAAUUGACUUCGAAUCCUACAAAGCGACCACACUUCUACAUUUCCUCAGGCGGAAACGCCGGCCUCGCCGCCGUGCACGCAGCUCUAGACCUCAACUGCAAAUGCUCCGUUGUCGUCCCACACAGCACAAAACCAUUCAUGAUCGGCAGACUCCGACAGAUCGGCGCAACAGAGGUAAUCCAGCACGGAGCCAGCUGGUUCGAGGCCGACAGCUACCUCCGAGAACAUUUCAUCGAGAACGAAGGCUGCGAGGGAAACGUUUACGUGCCGCCAUUCGACCACCACCUCGUCUGGGAGGGCGCUUCAAGUAUGGUUGAUGAGAUCGCAUGUCAAAUGCCGGCCGCCGAAAAAGAGGGCGAGUUUCCCGCUGAUGCAAUCGUGUGCAGCGUCGGUGGUGGUGGUCUUUUCAAUGGUAUCAUUCAAGGAUUGCAGAGGAAUCUUGGAGAUAGACCGGCGAAGAAUGUGCGCGUAUUAGCGGUUGAGACGGCUGGUGCUCACUCUUUAGCACUUUCGCUCCAAGAAGGAAAGUUAUCCUCGCUGGACAAGAUUACCUCGCAGGCUACUUCUCUCGGAGCGCUGCGUGUUGCGCGGAGGGCGUUCGAGAAUGCGAGUGCGCCGCCGCCUGGAGUUGAGGUUCAGAGUGUUGUUGGGUCGGAUGCGGAGGCUGCCAGGGGCAUUGUGAGGCUGGCGGAUGAGACGAGGUUGCAGGUUGAGUUGGCUUGUGGGAUUAGUGUUGAGGUUGCUGUUGGGAAGGAGUUGAGGCGGGUUAUGCCUACACUUACCCCGGAGAGUCGGGUUGUGAUUGUUGUUUGUGGGGGAAGUAAUAUCAAUGCGGAGAUGAUUGCUGGGUAUCGGGAGCAGUUGGAGGCAGGUUGGGAAUAA